GACGUCCCCAAGAUCAAGCAAGCUGCCAGAUCUGGUAGGGAGAUAUGGAGGAUGAAGGACAAGAGAAAAGCUUGCGGAUUUCAUCCGUAUCUUUCCAUAUUUCGUCUCUCUGGUACGUGUUGCUACUAUGCUUGUGCGUUCUUCCCGGUGCACGUACUCGGUGCGAGAGAAAACCCGUGAUCUUCAACUUUGGGGACUCAAACUCGGAUACCGGAGGUUUCUCGGCCGCGCUCGGUGUUACCUUCAAGCUGCCUUUCGGGCGAGCAUUCCUCCGAGAGCAGAAUGGCAGGAUAUCUGAUGGCCGGCUGAUGAUUGAUUUCUUCUGUGAAAGCUUGAAUGCUAGCUACUUGAGUCCGUACUUGGACUCCCUUGGAUCGGACUUCACCAACGGUGCCAACUUUGCGGUUGCGGGUGCAACAACUCUUAGGAAAUUCAAUUCCUUCAGUCUCGACGUUCAGGUCCUUCAGUUCCUCCGCUUCCGAGCCGGCUCGCUUCUCCUGACCUCGAAAGGGUACACCAAUCAAGUCAGUGAAGAAGAGUUCAGGAAUGCUCUGUACAUCAUAGACAUUGGGCAGAAUGACCUUUUCGCAUCAUUCAUCGAUCUCUUGUACGAACAAGUCAUUCAGAGCAUCCCGACUUUCAUCGCUGUGAUCAAAUCGGCUGUAUGGGACAUUUACAAAAGUGGUGGGAAGAAUUUCUGGAUCCACAAUACAGGACCUCUGGGCUGUCUGCCUCAGAAGCUUGCAACCAUCUCAGCCCGAAAUGCAACCUCUGACUAUGAUCCGUACGGUUGCCUUUUCCCGCUCAACAAUGCUGCCAAACAGUUCAAUCGGCAAUUGAAGGCCCUAUGCCAGAAGCUCCGGUCUGAAAUGAUCGAUGCCACCAUCGUAUACGUCGAUGUUUACUCCGUGAAAUACCACCUCAUUGCCAAUUCUGCCAGAUAUGGAUUCGAGAAUCCAUUGAUGGCAUGUUGCGGGCAUGGAGGGCCACCUUACAACUAUGACCCGACGACCAGGUGUGGCAACAGCAGCGUCACCGCCUGUGACCCGGGACUACAUUAUGUGAGCUGGGACGGCAUUCACCACACCGAAGCGGCUAACUCCAUAUUUGCAGCCAGCAUUCUCUCUUCUAAGUUCUCAACUCCUCACACUAAUUUGAAUUUCUUCUGCGCAAUUAACGUCUAGGAAUGAACUCUGUCCCUGCAUUUUCUUAUAGCUAAGAAGUUCUUUAAAAAUGCUUUUUCCAUAUAUAUCCUAGCUAUAGAUCCAGCAUGUUUAGCA